AUGAGAACCAGUGACACUCCCUGCCAACAAAAGCGUCAUGCCAUCUACCUCUCUGCCAACCUCCCAUCCCGACACAAAAUGGACAACCAGAUUCCGCACCCAGGGGUGCCAGCAGACGCAAACCCUGCGAACCGUGUGGGGAAAUACCAGAUUAUCAAGACGCUCGGCGAGGGCUCCUUCGGGAAGGUAAAACUCGCAUACCACCUCACAACGGGCCAACGUGUGGCGUUGAAAAUCAUCAACCGCAAGACACUUGCUAAGUCGGACAUGCAGGGCCGUGUGGAGCGUGAGAUCAGUUACCUCCGCUUGUUACGCCACCCGCACAUCAUCAAACUCUACGAUGUGAUCAAGUCGAACGACGAGAUCAUCAUGGUGAUUGAGUACGCCGGUAAGGAAUUAUUUGACUACAUCGUGCAGACGGGAAAGAUGGAGGAAAACGAGGCGAGACGCUUCUUCCAGCAGAUUAUUGCGGCAGUAGAAUACUGCCAUAGACACAAGAUCGUGCACCGCGAUUUGAAACCGGAGAAUUUGCUUUUAGACGAGAACUUGAAUGUGAAAAUUGCGGAUUUCGGGUUGAGUAAUAUCAUGACGGACGGGGACUUCCUCAAGACGAGCUGCGGGUCGCCAAACUACGCCGCGCCCGAGGUCAUUUCCGGAAAGCUCUACGCGGGGCCAGAAGUGGACGUUUGGUCGUGCGGGGUCAUUCUCUACGUGAUGUUGUGCGGGAGAUUGCCGUUUGAUGAUGAGUUUAUCCCUGAGUUAUUUAAGAAGAUCAGCAGCGGGAAGUACACGUUGCCGAGUUUCUUGAGCCCCGGCGCCAAAGCCAUCCUCCAGAAGAUGCUUGUGGUGAACCCGUUGAACCGUAUCACCGUCCAUGAGAUCAUGGAGGACGAGUGGUUUAAGGUCAACAUCGCAGAGUACCUCUUGCCACCAGAUUUGUCAAAGAACGAAGAACAAAUCACUGCGGAUGACGACGUCAUCCACGCCUUGAGCGUCACCAUGGGCUACGCCCGUGAUGACAUUCUCCAGGCGAUCGCCCUCGCCAACAGGGGCAAGCACAACCCGAACGGGGAGAUUUUGGAUGCUUACAAGUUGAUCAGAGACAACACACGGUUGGUGGCAGACCUUAAAAAGACCAAGCAGCUGAACAUGGACUCGUUCUUGAUGCAGUCGCCACCAGUAUCGAACCACCAGUCAGUCUCGAUCGAAGCGCCACAACCGGUUUCCAAUGUGGCUAACUCCACGAUUGCGAUUUUGCCGUCGUCUUUGCCACAGCUUCACCGCGCGUACAUCAUGGAACACUUGACGCCAGAGCAACAGCAGGUGAUCCAGUCAAAGAACUUGACCCCAUUGUCGACUAAAAAGUCGAAAACCAGGUGGCACUUCGGGAUUCGCUCGCGCUCGUAUCCGCUUGACGUGAUGGGCGAGAUUUACCGCGCGUUGCAGAACUUGGGCGCCGAGUGGUCCAAGCCGUCGGAGGAGGAGUUGUGGACUAUUCGUGUGCGGUGGAAGUACUCGCCGGCAAAGCCCACAGUUGACGCAGACUUGGACGAUUUCCACAAACCUGAGGAGGAGGAGGAGGAGCCGGUGAGCAACACUCCGGACAUGAUGAAGAUGCAGAUCCAGCUCUUUCAGUUAGAGCCAAACAAUUACCUUGUGGACUUUAAGUUUGGCGGCUGGGAGUUUUCGAACCCAGAGGAAAACAAAGCGGGGGUGGAGGGUGAAGACGACGAGAUGAGCUCGUUUUCCGCGUAUCCGUUCUUGCACAUGGCCACGCGGUUGAUCAUGGAAUUGGCGGUGAACUCCCAGGGGGGUUAA